UUUUCCUACUCAUCCCCCUUCCUUGUUUAUUUCUUCUAUCUUUCUCAAAUUUGCUUUAUUUAGUAUCUUUAUUUUCAUUUAUCUCAUAUUUCCUUCCGUCUCUUUAUCUCUCUAUUUCUCUUAUCCUCUUCUACUCAUCCUCCUUCCUCGUUUCUUCGAUUAUAAGCGAAAACCGAAAUGUAAUUGAGCGCUACGAAAAAUUGGAAAAAAAAAACUGUACAUUAUUAUGAACGGCCGGUGAGGACUAAUAGCGUUAACGAAAAUUUACAUUUGCCAUUCGGUUGUGGAGAUAGAAUUUAUAGAUCUUUAUAUUAUCAUUGUAUAUCGAAAUAUUGUAAUAAAGAACACUCGACAUUCUUAAAUCAUUGAUAAUUUCUGUGUCGACCAAUUAAAUCGUUGACUUCCAUUAUUAAAAAUAAUGAUAUUUUUUUGACGUAAUAUCCUCGUAACAAUGAUCAGGCAUAUUAUUGUCUCUAUUGAAAAUCAUGCAUACUUUUCACGUAGAAUGCGUGAAAUUCAUUUAAAUACGUUGCGUAUUUUUACGUUUUAUAUACAUCAAGUAUUAGCGGAUAUUAUCGAGUUUCUUGCUUUUCCUUAUCUUCAAGGAAAAAUUUGUAUCUUUGAUAUAUACCAUAUGUUAUUACACACGAAAAGAACGAUUACAUAUCGCGUAACUUCAAGCAUUCAAGCAGAGUGGGGAUCAAAUGAGUAGAAUCGAGAACGUAAUACAGUAUCGUAAGCAUCAUUAUUGUACUCUUGGACCCUGACUCACAACCUACUCUCUAUAAAUGAAGUGGGUAAAUUUAUAUGCGUGGGGUCCCUCUGCUGACUGUUUACAGCUAUUUCGAUGCGGAAGGGGUAAAAUGGGCAUUCCGUCAGCGUGAUAUCUGACCGAACCAGACGAAAUGCCUGAUCCACGUUCUCACUGUGGACGUAGUAUAGAUUGCAGCCAAUUUCUGAAUAUGCACGAAACUAUAGCAUAUAAGGAGAAAGAGAGGAGGAAAAAAAAUAAAUAGGAAGAAAAGGAGAAUGUUAUGCAAUGAUUAGCGUAAGCUAUUCCUCUUUAUUAUUUCAGUCUUACAUUCGUCAGUUGCGCACGAGCCGUACAACGUUUAUGUGAUUUUUAUAUAUAUAUAUAUAUUAUAUAUAUACAUAUCGACAUAGUGAACUUUUGCUGAUAAAAUAUCAAAUCAGUCAAUCUUUAUGAGAAACGUACAGUGACAGUAUUCGUAAACUUCACGAUGGAAGGCGUACAAGAUCCGUAUUUGAGACAUCUUUUUGAUGGCGAUCCGAUAUUUAAUGUUUAUAAUAAAGAAGCGAUUAAUAUGUCAGUCGGCGCUCCUGGUCCUGAUCUGCUUAAGCAAUGCACAGAUAUGCUAUCAAAUGCAACCAUUCAUAGAAUGGAGGAAGAAAAAAAGGAAGGCAACUUCUAUCUUUUUCAAUAUGGAAUUACGCCAGGAUUAUGGGAAUGUCGUGAAGAAUUAGCAAAAUUUUUAAGCAGACGAUAUGGCGAUCAAGUUAAAAGAGAACAUUUGAUUUUAACAUGCGGAGCAACACAUGGGCUUCAACUUUUAUUAACAAGUAUUAUAUCGCCAAAUGGUAUUAUAUUUGUCGAAGAAGUCACAUAUAUGAUAGCAUUAGACGCCUUCAAACAAUUCCCAUUAAUGAAAAUUGUCACUGUACCAAUGAAAAACGAUAUAGUAGAUCUGGAUGCGUUUGAAAAAAUUAUUUCCGAAGUAAAGAAAGGCGAAUUUUAUUUAAAUAAUGAAAAAAUAUUUUGGGCUAUGUUUUACACUAUACCAACGUAUCAUAAUCCAACGGGAAUGGUUCUACCACCUGAUAGUUGCAAACGUUUAGUUGAAAUAGCUCGAAAUAAUUCUAUACUGAUUGUUUCCGAGGAUGUUUAUAAUUUACUACAUUACGAAGAUGGAUUUCCACCACAUCGAUUAUUUUUCUACGAUGAUCCAAGCGAACCUAACUAUAAAGGUGGUAACGUUGUAUCCAAUGGAUCCUUUUCUAAAAUACUAUCGCCAGCAAUUCGAUUUGGAUGGAUAGAAAGCAGUCCACGAAUAGUUAAUAUCUUUAAAACUUCAGGCAUAUUGUGUAGCGGUGGUGCUACCAAUCACUAUGUCUCCGGCUUAAUUACCAGUAUACUACAAGAAAAGAUUGAAGAUGAAUAUUUGAAUAUGCUUAUUGAAACAUAUAAGGAAAGAUUAAAUGCACUUUGUGAAACUUUGGAUCGUUAUCUCCCAAGUUGUUGUUCCUAUAACCGACCGAAAGGUGGUUACUUUGUUUGGAUUCAUCUUCCACCUGAUAUCGAUGGUAUGGAUUUCAUUAAGUGGUGUCAAAAGGAACAUAAAGUCUCAGCGAUACCGGGUAUACGAUUUUCAUAUACUGGUGAAGCUAGAAACUUUUUAAGACUUAGCAUUGCUUUUCAUCUUAAAAAUACAUUAAUAAAAGCUUCAACGAUUUUGUGCAAAGGACUCUUAAAUUACAUACGAAAUCAUACCAGUAACAAGCAAACUAAAAAUGAAAUUGUAAAUUCAUAAUAUAAAUAUGUGAUAUAAAUGUUAAUUUGUAAACCAAAUAAAAAUAUAUAAUAUAAAUUAAAUU